AUGUCGAACCAGGGCCACUACCUCUUUGGCCCGAAUGCCAACAUAUCAGUUCGUGGAGAAAAAAACUCCGACGCCCUGAAUCAAGACAAUUCAAGGCAUUCAAGUGCCUCGCUGAACUUUCAUGAUGCUCCCACCUUUAUCGCGCAGCCUAGCGCUGAAGCUUUCGGCUCGUCGUCGUCCGCUACUGUCCACAACACCGUUUCUCCCGCCUCACCGAGUCAGCCACCUGCGCCUCUGCAUUACGAGGCUUCGCGCUCGCCUGUUUCCAAUGCGAUGCAGGCUCCUAGUGACUCGGCCGGCCCUGAUGCGCAUGCCCAGGGCCGCACAGUCGUAGGCGGCAAGCGAGCCUCGCGGCCCAUCAAGACGAACCCAUACGGAGCUGCAGCGCCUAACGGCUAUGCGUCUGGGCAUGCGCCACCUGUCCGUAUGGCUGGCUCUCCACCUCUCGCGCCGCAGUCCAAGAGACACUCUCGACCCAAGGACCUACCCAGUAUCCCUGCCGCGAAAGACUCCGAUGCUCGCGUGCACGACACCAACAUGAGCCCAUCCAAGUCGGGGACGCUCCCUGGACGCGACAGCUCUGCACAACAAGCUACGCUCGCCGACUCAACACUGACCUCGAGCAAGUCCAAGUCAGGACAGGCUAAGUCAGGACAGGCUCACGCGCCUGGCACACAAGGUGCCUCUGUGUCCGAGGCGCCCACUAUUAAGCAAGCUAAGCCGAAUCAAAGCGCUCGCCGCUCUUCCACCACUGCCCGUGUGGCCGACGAAAGCGCCGAGGCGCCUCUCAGUCCCAGCAAGCCGACGAACCCAUUUACUCAGCCAUCACUCAGGGCAUCCUCUGCUCACCAUGGCAACCUUACCGGUGUCGGAGCUGGCACAGGCCUCGCAGCGUCAUCAGCUUGGCCGUCUAAUCACCAAGCUGGCACAGCUAUGCCGCCCUCGCGCGCUACUUUGGCUCAGCGUGCCCCGGCUCCGGCUGGGCCAGACGCCGGUGCUACGUCUCCAGCUCAGGCCGCACGCUCCCAAACCGCCGCCGCGCCAACCGCGUCUACAGCCGCUCGUGAGUCUCGCAACGCGAGCCGAGGUGGCGCACCACCGACAUCGUAUCCGGCGCAUGACCAUGCAGACUACGGCGAGAAGCCUGUGGCCGCGCGUUCGCGUCCGUUCCGAUGGCUGCCAUGGCUGAUUGCGGCCGUCGUGGCCGCCGUGGUGCUGGGUGUGGCCUUGGGUGUUGGUCUAGGAGUAGGUCUGUCGAACGACGAUGACUCAGACAAGAACAACCUUGCUACACCGCCGGACCGUGCCGACUCGUCGAGCCCAUCGAAGGACGGUAACGGUGACAAGGACGGCGACGAAGAUAAGGGCGGCAAGUCGGACGAUGGCCCGCGCAAGGCACCUCUGCCGGACCCGUUGCCUGCGUGGAACUGGACGUCGACGAAGAACAAGGUGUUUGGAACGAACCUCGGUGGUCUGUUUCUUCUGGAGCGCUGGAUGUAUGAGGACUGGAUGGUCGAACAGGGCGGGCCCGAUGCUUGGGACGAGUACUCGAUGUCUAAGAAUCUCGGUGCCGACAAGAUGCAGAGCGUGCUGCGGAACCACCUUGACUCGUGGUUCACGGAGGAUGAUAUGAACACGCUGCAGGAUGCGGGCGUGAAUAUGCUGCGUAUCCCCAUGGGCUACUGGCCGUUCUUCUCGGCCCAGGAGGUGGGUGAGCCGUACCAGAAUGCGUCGCACCUCGACAAGCUCUCGGAGAUUAUGUAUGGAGCGUGGAACCGAAGCAUCUAUGUACUCAUUGAUCUGCACGGCAUGCCUGGCAGCCAGAACAACGACCAGUCGAGCGGUCACAACCGGACGAACCUGGGCAACACGAUCGAAUGGUAUUCGUCGAAGAACCAGAAGUACUCGCGUCAGACAGUGAAAAACCUGCUGAGCUGGCUCGAUAGCCAUCCGGCCAAGUCAGUCGUGGCGGGCGUUACAACGGUCAAUGAGCCUAAGAUCAACUCGAAUGACGAUUACGACUCGAUCCUGCGCGACUUUUACGACUUUAGUAUCGAGCAGCUGAAGCCGUUCAAGAUUCCCCUUAUUGCGCACCACGGCUUUGUGGGCAAUCCAUACAAGUACUGGAAGUCUUAUGCGAGCGACCAGGAGCUCGGCACGUUUAUUUUCGAUGACCACCCCUACCCUGGCUGGUUCCAGAACCCCGAGCCGACGGACAAAGACGACAUGCUUAGUCGCAUCUGCAACUUUGGCAACAAGAUGGAGCGCUUCCCUGCGCCCGUGCUCAUGGGCGAGUUCUCUGCCAUUUCUAUUCUCAAUUCGACGGACUGGACGACCGACUACCUCUCGACACAGCUCAAGGUGUUUGGCUGGUCCGCCGGCUCGACCUUCUUCAACUUCCGCCUCAACGAGACUCAGAACCCCGUGCUGUCGGAGCCAUUCGCGAUCGGAUCCAAGUACUCGAUGCUCGAAAUGCUUCGCGACAACAAUCCCACCGGCCGCUUCCCCCGUCGAAACGUGUCCAUGCCUGUCGUCGAAUGGACCAACAGCCUGACUUCCCACUGCGGAAGCGAUCCUGAAAUCUCGUGGUAA